CGACGCUGCUCCGCUUUUUUUGCUCGGUCGACAUAUCCGUCGUAGAGUGCGGUGCAAAUUUCGAUCGCGUUGGCCGCGGCGCGAACUAUGACGUCGCGGUGACGAAGGGCCGUCGAGCAGCAUCCACCCCGCGAACGUUUCGGGCAGAAAAAUCAAAACAAAAGGACGAGCGCUCACGCACACGAAAGCAUCGCCAGAAGCCGUCGGUUUUUUACAAUUUUGCCUUAUCGUCGAGUUUGCCUUACACCGCUGUAAUAUUUCGUAAUUUUCCGCGCGAUUUCCCUUACUCGGUUCGCGCUUUUCAUCGAAUUUUUCCGUAGCUACACGCGCGCGCUUACAAGAAACACGAUUUUUUACUGUUUAUUGUAUAUAUAUAAUUGAUCGCAUUGGCGGCGGCAUGCAGGCCUAAGGGUGUGUGAAAACUAUGCCAGUUAGGAGAGGUCUGGUUGCUCCGAGGACGACUCUGAUCGAGACGAUCAUAAGGAAAUUCGACACAGACAAUCGCUCUUUCCUGGUGGCCAACUACUCGAGACCGGGACAAUGCAACAUAAUCUAUUGCUCGGAUGGAUUCUGCAGGUUGGCGGGAUACUCCCGCGCGGAGGUCAUGCAGAGGUCGGCCUCUUGUUCGUUCUUGUGCGGACCGCUGACGUCACAGCAGGCCGUCAACGGGCUGAGGGAGGCUUUGCAGAAGGGCGUCGAAAAACACGCGGAGGUGCUCUACUAUAGGAAAGACGGCUCAAAGUUCCUAUGCUCGGAAGUGAUCGCUCCGAUCAGAAGCGAAGUGGACGACAUCAGCCUGAUCAUCAUUAACUUCGAGGACCUCACCACGGCUCCCGCGCCUUCCCUCGAGAACAGUCCCGUCGCGAAAAAUCGCCUCAGCAAAUUCGACAGAGCUCGGGCGUCAUUCCGUCAGAGCUUGCGAUUAGGGCGGGGCAGGGGACUACGGCUGGCCGGCUAUCUCACUCCUCCGAGCGAUGUCACCGCCGCUGAGGAGGAAGAAGACACUCUGGAAAAAUGUCCCUUGACGUCGAACUCGCCGACGCCGAUCCUGUCCGAGCAGACGUGGGUGUCUCGUUCGGAGGCCCCCGUAUUCGGCGGGAACGGCACUUCGGUACCCCCCGGGGUUCCGCACAUGAGCCCCGCAGCGGUCACGUCCCGGGUGACCGAAUACACAGCCCUCACCAUAUCGCAUAGCGCUCCCGCGUCCCACCAGGCCUCGUUCGAAAGGGGCGAAAGCCAGGAGCGGGCAGCCAGAGGGGCCAGCAACAACGGUAGUAAUAACAAUAGAUUUGGUUACAGGCACCUACACUAUUCCACGCCGAACGCGGUGACCGCGCCCGCCCACCAGGUGGCGCACGCCACGAGUCUGGACGCCAUCGCCAGGAGGCAGUGCUUCCGGACCGGUUACACUACUCAGAGCCAUUCCAACAAACCUUUGCUGAGCAAGCAGUUUCCUAACGUUUCGUCCGAAAGCGACCUUCAGCGGUACCGAACGGCGCAGCAGUCGAACGAUCGCAGAAGUCCGAGCCUCUCGAACCCCACCGACUCACUGAAGCAAAAGGUUUGUCCCCAAUUCUCGCUGCAAGACAAUGGAUCCGCCAAAUAUUUUCAGAGCGGGAUCCACACGCCGAAAAUGGGCGAGAAAGUGGCGCAGGUCUUAUCGUUGGGAGCGGACGUGCUGCCUGAGUACACGCUGCAGAACCCGCGCAUCCACAACUACACCAUUCUUCACUACAGCCCCUUCAAGGCGGUGUGGGACUGGAUUAUAUUAAUACUGGUCAUGUACACCGCCAUUUUCACCCCCUACGUAGCCGCAUUCCUGCUCGGCGAGCCCGACUUCAACAACAGGAAAAAUAAGAAGUACAGUGAAGAUCCCAUAGUUAUAAUAGACCUUAUCGUGGACGUCACCUUCAUAAUCGACAUCCUGAUCAAUUUUCGGACGACCUACGUGUCAGGCAAUGACGAGAUCGUAUCCGACCCGGUCCGGAUAGCGGUGCACUACCUCAAGGGGUGGUUCCUCAUAGACCUGGUGGCCGCGGUACCUUUCGAUCUCCUUUUUUUCGGGACCGACACCGACGAAUUGGGCUUGGAUAAAGACGAGACGACGACGCUGAUCGGCCUAUUAAAAACCGCCCGCCUACUGCGAUUGGUACGCGUGGCGCGUAAAAUCGACAGGUAUUCCGAGUACGGAGCCGCCGUACUGCUACUACUGAUGGCCACGUUCGCGCUGAUCGCCCAUUGGCUCGCGUGCAUAUGGUACGCCAUCGGCAAUGCCGAACGGCCGGUACUUCACGCGAAAAUCGGCUGGCUCGACGUGCUGGCCAACGACACCCAUCAGCAUUACACUGUCAACGGCACAGGCGGGCCCAGCAUCAAAUCCCGUUACGUCACCGCCUUGUACUUUACGUUCACGUCGCUGACGAGUGUGGGAUUUGGCAACGUCGCGCCCAACACCGACGCAGAGAAGAUUUUCACGAUAUGCGUCAUGCUGGUCGGCUCUUUGAUGUACGCCAGCAUAUUCGGCAACGUUUCGGCCAUAAUUCAACGGUUAUACUCGGGCACGGCCCGCUACCACACACAAAUGCUGCGCGUGCGCGAGUUCAUCCGCUUCCACCAAAUACCCAAUCCGCUACGCCAGCGUCUGGAGGAGUACUUCCAGCACGCGUGGACCUACACCAACGGCAUCGACAUGAACUCGGUGCUCAAGGGGUUCCCCGAAUGUCUUCAGGCGGACAUUUGCCUACACCUGAACCGGAACCUCCUCCAGAACUGCGGAGUGUUCGAAGGCGCUAGUCCCGGAUGUUUGAGGGCCCUAACGUUGAAGUUUAAAACGACACACGCUCCGCCGGGAGACACGUUGGUUCACAGAGGCGACGUCCUCACAUCUCUCUAUUUCAUAUCCCGAGGCUCGAUAGAGAUCCUCCGCGAGGAUAUCGUCAUGGCCAUCCUGGGCAAGUACGACAUAUUUGGCGAGAACCCUUGCAUGCACCCGACGAUAGGCAAGAGCGCUUGCAACGUCCGGGCGCUGACCUAUUGCGAUCUCCACAAGAUCCAUCGGGACGACCUGUUGGACGUUCUCGAGCUCUAUCCGGAGUUCUACAACCAUUUCCUCAACAAUUUGGAAAUCACGUUUAACCUGCGCGACGAAGAACAGGCCGGGGUUAUACCGCGCAGGCCUAUGUACCCGCGGGACAAAGAAAGCAGAUACUUCAGGGGGGUACCGUCGAGGUCGAACGGAUUGUCCAGCAGGGGCAAUUCGGUGAACGGCAGACAAGAGUCACAGUAUAGCGACGAGUCGGAGUCGGGUCACGGUAUCCUCGAGUUUUCAACAGACAAAGCCGGCCAAGACGUGACUCCGCUUAAUCUCGAUUUCGGCGAAGAGAAACGAAGAUCGUCGACGUUGAAUUCGAUAACAGGCAUGCUAUCGCACUUGAAAAGAAGCAUCCCGGACCUGCGGUUACACAAAACGCACCAGCCCCUAGUAGCUCAGUCUACGCCUCCAUCCGGCCAUAGGAUACGCACGAUCAGGCGCCAGUCGUCGAUAGACGCUCAGGCGGCGGCUACGUCCACUUCCUCUCACCAACAAGCCGCCGUCCUGCCGCCCGUGUCCGGUCACGUCCACUCGUCGGCGCCGCUAUCUAGCAGCACCAGCUAUUAUACCAACAGUCCCAGUCCGCCGGUACCUCAGACCGAGCAACCCCACGGGGAUGAGGUUCUGGUUCCGGUGGACGCAGGCGGAGGAAGUCGACCUCAGCCAUCGACUAGCCAAAUAUUUCAACAUUCCGACGAUGUCCUGGUGAUAAGCAGGAACCACAUGGACGCUUUGCACACGAAGUUGGAGCAGCUGAACCGACGUGUCCAAGUGCUCGAGACGACGCUGGCGACGGACGUGAAGACGAUCCUCGCGCUGCUGCAAGGUCAAGGUGUUCAGCAGCAACCUCCGCAAUCGUCCUGCAGCGAGGCGUCCACCCUCAAACCGGAACUGCCCGAGUACGAGAAUUUUGCGGGAGAGCCGAGUCGCAGUAGGUGCACUUUUCAGAGGUCUGUGAGCGAGCCCAAACCGAUCUCGCGCAGCCAACAAUCGCAGGUGCUGCAUAGGUUCGCUUCCUUCAACAAGGCGUUCGACUUCCAGGACCAAUCCUGGGCCGAGUGCCUCGCGGCCAAGGACAACGAGCAAAAAGGAGAGAAGAUCGCGCCGAUAGCGAAGCUCGAAUCGCUGGACGAACUGGAUUUGGAGUCGCCGCUGGGAAGCCCGAAGAAGCCGAAGAAGUAGGUCAGGGUUAAUCGCGACGCCGUUUUUAACGUUAUAGAAGCAGCGAGAUUAAUUUUUAACCCUCACCGGUCGGGGCCGGGUACGAUUACGGGCGACGGGGCGAGGGGGCGGUUCCGCCGCCAUUUGUAAAUUUCGCGCGACGCGGUCUUCAUUGACGUUAGGUUGCGGCUUUCGUUUCGGGUAUAUUUUUUUUGUAUUUUUAUACGAGAUCGCGGCCGUUUAGGGCGGGGAAUCGUCCCCCGGAUGUUUAAGGGUAAAUUCCGUCUAUACAGCUGACAUAUAACCGUUAAAAAAAACGAGUUAACAUAUGGACAAUGCGAGGUGUCAAAAAUCGGACCGCGUUUGUCUUAAAAUGCUCCUUUCCGUUAUAGUUGCGUUUUUUCUUUUCUAUUUACGUCAGGCGUUCGCGAGAUUAUUGGCCUAUUUAGACCGCCACUUUUGCGAAAAACAAACAUUGGUCUUGAUAUAUACUGAUUUAUUAAAAAAUUGUCAGAAGCGCUGCCAUUUUAAGCACAAACGUAAAAAAAACGCGAAAAAUAUCGAAUUAGUCUGGAAUUUUGUCAAUGUGCAUGCGGAUUUUUUGUAUUCCGACAAAACGCAAUUUUUGUUCUGUGGUAAUUGAUUUGUUUGCAGUGUUGCCAGAAGGUACUUUUUAUAUCUAAAUCAUACCAUUUUAAACGUACUAACAAAUACAUUUUUAUGCUGUUUUAACAGUAGGUAGGUAACAGUAGGUCAGGAGGACAUUGCGCUUUGACUUUGAUUGUCGAUUAUUAAGUUACAUCGACCGUGCAUCGUGAUUCAUGAUGAGUCGAUGAGUAUAUUAAAACCAAACAGGUUGCAAUGGUGCAAUGUAUAAUUAAUUUUAAUUCUUACAUUUAUGGUAAAGCAACUAAGUAAAUUUAUUUUUUGAAAAGCGUACUUUUUUGUUCCGAGUUUGGCUAUCGUGGACAGAUCCCGGAUAUCUGACAAAAAUAUCCAGUAUUUUUUUUCUAUGGUCACAAACAACUUGGGCUUGAAAAGAUAACAAAAUUGUUUUUUAAAUGAAAAUGUCUGUAAAACGCCAACAACAACCUUAAAAAAUAAAAAACGACUUAUACUAACAAUAGGGUCUAAGAAAAACCAGUGCAUAUACUAAAAGUUGUAUAAUUUUCCCAGGUAUUUAACUGGAUACAAUA